AUGAAGAGGAAUUUUAAAAGUAUACAAAAUUCCUCAACUUCUAUAGGAAAGAAUGAUAAAAUUACAAAAUCAAGUUAUGCGGAUGUCAACAUAAAUCUUGAAGAUCUUGAAAGUGACCCAGGAUUGAGAACACCGAUUAUGGACCAUCCUUUAAAAAUUUGUGAUCAAGUUCGGCGAGCAUAUAUGCAAAAAGGUCCUUGUCAACCUCACCUCAAGCCAUUUCCAUCGACAAAAGUUGGAACUCAAUCAAGAGCAUUCAACGGUGCUUGGUAUAAGGAAUUUGAAAAUUGGCUUGAAUAUAGUGUAUCAAAAGAUGGUGCAUUUUGUCUGUAUUGUUAUCUGUUUAAAUCAAAUUGCGGAGGACAAUCAGGUGGUGAUUCAUUUGUUGGUCAAGGAUUCAGAAAUUUUAAAAAUGGAAAAGCAAGACUUUAUACUCAUGUUGGAGGUCCAUCUAGUGUUCACAAUCAAGCUAGGAAAAUGUGUGAAGCGUUAAUGAACGAAAAACAACAUAUUCAAACAUUUUUUGAAAAACAAUCAAAGCAAGCUCGUAGUGAGUAUCGGAGUCGUUUGGAAGUAGUAGUUGAUUGCAUUCGUUUGUUAUUGCGACAAGGGCUUGCUUUUCGUGGUGAUGAUGAAUCUGGAGACUCGAGUAAGCAAGGUAACUUUCUUGAGAUUUUAAAAUUUCUUGCGGAUCAUAAUGAAGACAUCAAAGCAGUUACAUUGACAAAUGCUCCUGAGAAUUUAAAAUUAACAUCAACUGAUAUUCAGAAAGAUAUUGUGAGGGCUGCAGCUUUUGAAACACUUGAUAUCAUUAUUAAAGAAAUUGGAGAUGCGUUGUUUUCUAUUUUAGUUGAUGAAUCUCAUAAAGAUGGGCGUGUGAUUGAACGAUUUGUGGGAAUUGAACAUGUGGCCAAUACCACAGCUGUGUCACUUAAAGGUGCUAUUGAUAAAUUAUUUUCUAGAUAUGGAUUAAGCAUAUCUAAAUUGCGGGGACAAGGUUAUGAUGGGGCAAGCAAUAUGCAAGGAGAGUUCAGUGGUCUUAAAACUCUUAUUUUGAAUGAGAAUCCAUCAGCUUUUUAA